AUGGCAGCCGAGUUCCCGCCACAGAGGGUGAAGGCGAUCGUUGCGGACGUGGCGGCACUGUUGAAGGAAAGGAAGGAGACUGUUAGUGUCGCUGAAACGGCCGCAGGCGGAUUGAUCUCGGCCUCUAUCCUCAGCACCCCCGGCGCCAGCGGCGUCUAUAGAGGAGGUCUGACCCUGUACACUUUGGAGCCACGGAUAGCCUUUGCCGGUUGGACCCAAGAGGACAUCCAAAACUACAGAGGCCCUACAACAGACAUCGUAUCCGGCCUCGCAUUCAACGUAAGAAGCAAACUCGGGAGCACGUACACGAUCUGUGAGAGCGGAACGGCAGGGCCAACGGGUGGCAACACGCCGAACAGAACGCCUGGCUACGUAGCUCUCGCUGUUGCGACCGAGCGCGGGGUCUACAAGCGCGAGCUCUCGACGGGACUGGGUGGUGACCGGGAGGGGAACAUGGUGCAAUUUGCGAUUGAGGCAGUGGGCUUCCUGAAGGAUGUCAUCAAGGGAGAUGCGAAGCUGUAG